AGCGCGUGUGGUUGUCUUGCCGGUGUGUUGCGGUGUGUGUGUUUGACAGGAAGGUGUUGCAAAGGUGUUUGUUGACUUGCAGGAUCUUCGUCGCCUCAAGAAGACUUACUGGUGUUGUGAGACGCUGAUGAUGGUGCACGUGGAGUGAAUACCUGAAGUAAUUCACUCGAGAUUGCUAGGAUGGUGGGACUCAGUGAGGUGUCUGGAGGCCCCGCGAGACACGUGAUGCACCAGUACCUCCUGCUGGUGGCACUCGUUAGACUAGUGACUGGACGCGACGAAAUGAACCAAGCCAACGUUCCAGAAAUCCCCAAAAUGACCACACGCGCAGAAUUUCCUUACGACUUCUGGGAGGACGAGGAGGAACGACCAGUACGACCCAGACGACCCACACAACCAGCACGACUCAUCUCAACCACGACCACAACUCAAGUUCCCACCACGAUCCCGGAUUCCAGUUACGACUAUUACUUUGAGAGACAUGACGGCUUUGGCAGCGACCCGUCCACGUGGAAAUUGCUGCCCAUUCAGAUUCCAGACGAUUUAGUGAGUAAUGCCAUCUUGCAUAGAGUGAAGACGUCCGUAGCGCCAACUUACGCCACGCCAUCUACCACACAGCACAGGUACACCAGCGCCACACAGCACCCAAGAACAAUGAGACCGGAGAAACUACACAGCACCGGUACUGAUCAGGAGCAGAACUGGGACCACCACAGCAGUGAUACAAGCGGUAGAACUCCCAAGCCACAGAAUUGGGACAGAUAUGACGUCGGGAACAGCCACAGCGAUCAUAAACUACAUCAAGAUUGGGACAGACUUGAUAGUGAUGCUACUCACAGUAAUCUAAGGCCACAGCAUAAGUGGGAAAGACAUGAUACCCGAAACAGUCACAGCAAUCCAGCACCACAGCAAAACUGGGACAGACAUGAUACAGAAAGUAGCCACAGCAUGCCUAAACCACAUCUAUGGGAGAGGCAUAACAGUAAGAGUGACCAGAGCAACACAAAACCACAGCAACAAAUCUGGAACCACCACAGCAGCAAGAGUAGCCACAGGAAUCCAAACCCAAAUAACCCACAGCAAAACUGGCAGAAACACAGCUACGAUACAGCCCACGGGACCCCUGCACCACAGCACCAGACCUGGGACCGCCACAACUCACCUCACCACCCCCAACACAGCCCACAACCCUCACAGCACCUCCACUAUAACUGGUCUCACACUACUGAUGGCUACGACAUUCGAAACUACCACGCAAACAACCAUGAGAGCGCCCCAAACCACGACACAGACGACCCACAAAAUUCAGAUAACUACCGCAACGACCUUACCCAAUAUUCCAUGCCUCCAGAACCCUCAGCUUGGAACAUGAAGACCCCAGACGCCUCUUCGUGGCAGCAAAACAUAGUAGAAAGACUGAGCCAGCAUCUACCAAAGCUCCCGUCUUUAUCUAGUCUUCGUAUCCCUGGACUGAGCAGCCUCACCUCUUUCUCCCUCCCUAAGUGGUCUGUUGGUGAGUCUGGACAUCAGCCUCAAGAUCCAGGCUACUCGAUGGCGACUAGAGGGAACUACGUGCAUAAGUUCUACCAUCUAAUCCCGGAGAGUGACCCGUUGGAUCAUCUGAAUAGUAACAGAGACAGGAACAGCAGACCGCUCUACACCUACCCGCCUAACCAGAGACAUGAGCAGCACGACAGCACCCUGGAACACACACAAAACAACAACAAUAAACAUCAGACGCAUCAUCACAGCGACACUGACCACAUGACGACUCAGGAGCUCACGGACACCACCCAACAUCACACCAACGAUCCUCAGGCGAACCAACAUGAGUCGUACAAUUCAUACACUCACCACACGUCUCUGUUCCCUCAGCGUGCACGACCUGACCCCAGACGACCCUUCCAGAGGCCUCAAAGGAUUCUCAAACUCCCACAGCAUCAGAAGCACGAGGCCACAGAGCAUCAACACUGGCCAAACAGACACAGCUGGACGUGGGAGGUGCACGAUACGCCCACGCCUUCACAUCCAUACAAAGACCCAUACAACAGGCGGCCGAGUACUCAUAACUGGAUAGACACCGGCUUUUCAGGUAGCUAUGACCAUUCUAGCACUACUCAUAAGGACUUUUACGCUCCAAACACGUACUCAAGUCACCCACAGGAAGUUUAUGACUAUACUCCAAGCUAUGGGCAGCCACAGUACCCUCCCCAGCACCACCACCAGCACCUCCAGCACCCGCAACAAGCACUCAGUAAUUCGUGGUACCCUGAGAAUCAGCUCCAACAUGAUUACAACGCUGGAUUCAACUCAGAUCUCUAUGACAAUAUUCUUGAGCCUCUCAGUAGUUUAUUAAGCAGACCAUCUGCUCUGUCCAUCAUUGACUCGUCUCCGUACCAGCAAAGCAUCAUAGAAAGACUAACUGGUGUGGACACUUCCUCUACUUCGUCAUUUGUCUUCCCCGGGGGCGUGCUGGUGCUUGGUCUGGCCUUAGCGCUCUUCUACUUCAACUUUGUGUGGUACCCGACCCCCGUGGUCACCGCCAAGAUUUACAAGAUGCUCUCCCAGUCUGUACCUGAUGGGGAGCUCAGUGAAGGGCAGGAGCGAGCCGUUGGAGAGGUGUACCGAGUGUUCCGUGGCCUGGAGGCCGAGUACAAGCAUGACCCCUCCAUCUGGUCCGCCUCCUGCAGAACCAGAGUGGUUUGCCAGGUACACCAGGAAUUGCCCGGCCUGUGGAAGGUAACACAAGUGUACGCAGCCCUCGUCAAGUCGAGCCUCGCACCGGGGCCUGAGGGAGACAGUGACCUCAGCGGGUACCAGGAGGCAGCCCGGCGAGGCUCAGAGGGCGAGGAUUGUGGGGAACACUACCAUGAAUGUCCCCUCAACACAGUCCCGCUAAAAGCCACGUUGAGAAGACUACUGGCACUGCUCCAAGCUGCUUGAACCUCGUCUCUCAAUCCUUCCUGACGCUAAGACCAGACUAUUUUAUGUACUUAUUCAUUUAUUUUCUUUCUUUACGCUGCGUAGGAAAAGACAAGUAUCAUAAUUCGCUAUGGACGUGACGAGAAAUUUCUGUUUUCGUUUAUUUAUUUAUUCGUGUAACCCAUUCAGUACGAGGACGAGUUUCCAUAUUCAUUCUGGUGAUUUUAUACACCUUCAGAAACUUAUGUGGAGAUUAAAAUACUGAAGACUCUAGCUAUUAAUCCUCUGACUUCAAUAGACUCUUCAUAAUAUCGAUAAAACCGUCUAAUUAUACCUAAAAUUCAAGGUAAAAAUGCGUCCCAGUACUGGAGGUGUUAAGCAUUUGAUUAUUUAUUUACUUGCCUACCUAUUCAUCUAUUUACUUAUCCCUCGUAAGCAUCGUAGCAUUACCGUCUGGGGUAUACGUGACCUCACUUCUGUGUAUAUACAUUAUAACCACCUGUACAUAGACAUACAUUUACACAUACUAACUUAUAUGCGAUUAAGUCAUUCUGGAAAUUUAAAAAAAUAUAUAAUAUGUACAUAACUUACCUUGUAUUAAGUUUGUUUUAAAAGACCCGGAUUAA